AUGACCAGUGUGCCUGAUCGUAGGAGUAAUGAACAUUGGUAUGCAGAUUAUGUGAAUGUUUUUGGUGAAGUCAACAGUGAGGAUGAGCCUUUAUUUCCUCAAGAGGAGGAUGUGGGUAAUGUGUUGGAUGUAGGGUCUAUGGAAGUUGGUCUUGAAUUUCCUGACAAGAGUGCAUUCUGCGAACAUUUGAGGGCUUAUGCAGUUUUAAAUGGAUUUCAGUUCAGGGUGAAGAAAAGUGACCAUGAAAGAAUGAGAGUUGUUUGUGCACAUCAUGAUACUGAGAAUUGCGACUUUUUUGUGUAUGUCACGAAGGAAAGGGGUGAUGACCAUACUUUCAUCAUCAGAGGCUUGAAUUUAGUUUACCGUUGCGAGGGAGAUCCUCUUGGAAGAAACAGGUCUGCUAACCCUGCAUUUGUGGCUGCUCAUGUGAUGAGGAACUUGGCUGGUGGUAGAGUCGUUCCAAAGGUUGUUGAAAUUGUUAAUGAAUUCUGGAGAAGUCACAACACUCUCCUGCCUUACCAUACCGCCUGGAGAGAUAGGGUAAUGGUGUUAGAGAGGUUACAUGGCUCGUAUGAUGAAAGCUAUAAAUUUAUUCUGAGUUUAUGUGAAAUGGUUUCAAGGACAAACCCAGGUUCCGUAACAAAUUUUACUUAUGGUAGAACAGACAACAAGUUUGAAUCUAUCAUGAUAUCAUUUGCUGCACCACUUAGAGGUUUUAAAGAUGGUUGUAUAAAAGUGAUUGGGUUGGAUGCAUGUCAUCUUUAUGGGAAACAUGGGGGUUGCCUCCUUGCUGCAACUGGCUUGGAUGCACAGAAUGGACUGGUGCCAUUGGGAAUUUUCAUCUGCAGAAAUGAAUGCUACGAAAAUUGGUAUCUCUUCUUGAAGAAUUUGAAGCCCAAAAUCAUAGGCCGUGGGUUCACCUUGAACUUCAUUUCAGAUAGGCAAAAUGGGCAUCUUUUUAAGAAUUUCAAGACACACUUCAAGGGUUCUAAGCUUAAGGAACAUGUCUUUAAUGCUGCAAAAGCUUAUAAACGGAAGCAUUUUAAGGUCCAUAUGAACUCUUUGUUGGAGUUAAACCAAGCUGCCUGUGAGUAUGUGAUGCAAGAACAUCCCAGUACCUGGGCUAGGUCGUUUUAUGAUGAAAGUGCUUGUUGUGAACAUAUGAAAAACAAUUUCAGUGAGUCAUUUAACAAUAUGAUUUGUAAGUUAAGAGACAAACCAGUAUGUAAGAUUGCAACAAUGUAUGGGAAGCUGGUAAUGGGACUUUUUUACAAGAGAAGGAAUGCAACUGCUACCUGGGAAGAUGGAGACCUGGUACCUACGGCAAACAAAUUGUUAAAGAAGAUGUUGAAGAAUGUUGGUGAUUUCAAGGUGGAAGGAGCAGAGGUCGGAAAGCUUGGCAGUUAA